CCAUAAGGCUUGGUCUCCCCCUCCUCUCGCUGGCGUCAGAAAUAGACACGAUCAGAUCCAGUUUGGCGACAAGCGAGAGAGGAACGCGCCGGUUCGAAGGGCGCCCUGGAUCUCCCUGGCUCGCUGUCAGAACGCAAGGGGGGCGAAGGAGGGAAAGAAAGGCCAGGUUCCCCAUCGCAAAUAGCCUCUGGAUUUCUUAUCUCCCUUCCGCCUUGGAGGAAGCCGAAUCCCCUCCUUUAUUCCGUAAGGAAGCUCGUUUUAAUUCUCAGAGCCACGCAUUGAAACAAAAACCCGGAGUAAGGCGCACUUAAACGCUUCAGGCUUGAAAGCACGCUUUGGGCACAGCGAUCAUGGCGCUGGAUUUCCUUGCAGGCUGCGUAGGAGGUGCUGCUGGUGUAUUGGUAGGACAUCCAUUUGAUACAGUUAAGAUGACAGAUAAGCCUCAUCACGGGAGAGUUACCUAGUACGCCUUCAAGUUCAAAAUGUGGAGAAGCCGCUUUACCGUGGGACUGUACAUUGUUUUCAGUCUAUCAUAAAGCAAGAAUCUGCUCUUGGACUUUAUAAAGGCAUUGGGUCACCUAUGAUGGGACUUACCUUCAUUAAUGCCCUUGUCUUUGGUGUUCAAGGGAACACUCUCCGUGCUCUGGGAAAGGACACGCCACUGCAUCAGUUCCUUGCAGGUUCAGCGGCAGGUGCCAUUCAGUGUGUGAUCUGUUGUCCUAUGGAACUGGCUAAGACACGGAUGCAGCUGCAAGGAACAGGAGAAUACAAGCUGAAGUCCAAGAACUACAAAAACUCUUUGGAUUGCUUGGUGAAGAUAUAUCGAAAGGAAGGCCUGAAAGGCAUCAACAGGGGAAUGGUUUCCACAUUUCUGAGAGAGACACCCAGCUUUGGUUUCUACUUUUUGACAUAUGACUGCCUAACCAGGUAUCUGGGGUGUGAGGCAGACGACAAUUACAUUGUUCCCAAACUGCUUCUGGCAGGAGGCACGUCUGGCAUAGUUUCCUGGCUCUCUACAUAUCCGGUGGAUGUGGUCAAGUCCCGCCUUCAGGCUGAUGGAGUUGGUGGAGUUGUACGGUACCAGGGUAUUCUAGACUGCAUUAGAAAAAGCUAUCGGGAUGAAGGCCUAAGGGCGUUCACGAAGGGUCUUACAUCCACCUUGCUUCGUGCUUUCCCUGUUAAUGCUGCGACUUUUGCCACUGUUACAGUGUUCCUUACAUACAUGAGGUCAGAGGAUGGCCAGAUCAGAGGUGAUUUAAGUGGAUGUGAGGCUGGUCCAGUGAUCCAGCAGCCUUCAAGUUUUUAAACUGACUGGAAGAUAAAGUUGUACCUGUUACAUAUAAGAUGCCAUCAUUUUUUAAAAAAAUAUCUGGAUACCAAAAUUAUACAUUUCUGUCUGUAUAAAGCAUAUUUUGACAUCUCAUUUAUAAAAGCACCUUAAUGCUUUAGGAAGACUCUGAGUUAACUCUAGAAACUCAGACAAUAAAAGGACUUGCCCUUUUAAUAUGCUUAAAAAUACAUCUGCUGCAUUUUUCCAGUGCGGCCUUGACUUCAACUCCCAUAAUCCCCCAGCCAAUACAUUAUUAAGGAAACUCAGUGCAGCUACUGGUCACCAGGUUGAAGAAGUCAGUCUCAACAUAUUGCAGCCAGCUCAAAAUGCCAUACUACACCUAUAAACCUUGAUGCUAAAUUCCUAUGCAGACUCUGUCCAUGUCCAAACAGGAAGAGAAAGGAAGAAUAGAUAAUGAAGGCUUGUAUGCACCGAUGUUACACCCUUUUCAUGUUCAUUGGGCGUGUAGGUCUAGGGCCAGCAGCACACUUCUCUCAACGCACGUGGAAGGUCAGGACGGGGUUCUCUAUUUUGAUUAUUGCUGAAUCUGACUACUAUAUUCUGUUUAGAGCCGGUUGUCCUGGCAAAUGUAGGGCUAAAAACACAUGCUUCAUUUUCCUGCACUUUAUGCCAGGGGAGUUUGUGUUAUAUUAGCUUAUAAUUCACAGCCAUCUGAUCAGUGGCCUUGCUGGUGGGAACUGAUGGGGCUGAACAGCAACUGGAGAACUACAAGUCUUUCCCCGUCUAUAUUUUAACAUCCUCUUGCAAGUCAUUCUGUAAAUGAUGUAAGCUACACUUUUACCUUUUUUUUUAAUUAGCAGUACCUGUUAGGAAGCUUAUAGCCUCAUCCUGCUAAGUUGUUAAUAUUUUAGUACAGCAUAUGAACAGCCUGCUUUAUCUCUUGAUCAGCAUGCAAUAAGAUCAGUAUCUUAAUCAUGCUGCUCAGUAUGCAGAUACCUUCCCUGCUAUUUUUAGAUUAUGGCUUGUUUUUCUGUGCUUCAAAUGCACUUGUGCAGGCAGAUUGCUGCUAUUUGCAUUUGCCUCUUAAUUUUUUUUAUGUAUGCAGUUGCAUCUUGUAAAUUUUUAAAAAAUAUUUUAGUUACUAUUGUUUUGAGUUGAAAGCUAGAGUAAGCUAUCUAGAAACCUGUUACAACCCAAAAUGUAGACUCUCUUGAUUAUUUUUAGGGUGGUGGUGAUAUAUGUGCUUAAAUUACCAUUUCUCCAUGAUUGGGGUAUAUGCGAAUAAUUGUGAACUAUUCAUAAUAGGAUAAAGGAUAAAGGAUAAAAGUAUAUUUAAAAGGAUUUAACAAAAGUGUGUUUUAGAGAAUGUAAUAUUUAAAACAAAAGUAGAGUUCAGUAGUUUUGGAAAGCUUGGUGAACAAGUGAUCUGACAAACCAUCAAGCCUAUUUCAUAGCAUUCUUAGAUAGUAAUGCUACAAUGUAGUCCCACUGAUACCAGUAAUAUACUAAGUGGUUAAUUGGGUUUCAGUAACAAAUGUUUAAGGUUGCAAUGGUAUACACGCUUACCUGGAUGCAUAUCUGAUUGUAUUCCAACUGGGCUGAUUUCUCAACAGCAAAAAUACCACCACUGGCCUAGUGGUAAUGUCUCUCAGGGUGUACUGAUAGAACAAUCUGGGCAGUCAAACAUCUGUUUCACAUCACUAAGUGAAGAAAAAAGUCUUACUCUAAAUCAGAAUUUGGCAUCUCCUUCUGUAGUAAUGAAAUCUGUAGGAGUUGCCUACUAAGUAUUGGAAAUCUCAGGAAUAGUUAGCUUGACAUUGGAAGUUUCUUUUCUCUCCGUACCCUUCUCAUUUAAAGAUCUCCUAACUAAUGAAACCAUUCUGGGCAGAAAAAACAUUUCUCUAAUUUUAUGCCAAUAUUUUCACAUAUAUAAAGGGGAUGAAGAAAUGUACAGUUGUGUGACAUUUCAAUGCAGAGAUUUGAUUCCCAACAAAUUUAAGUAGAUUUCCAAACUUAAACAGAAUUGAAUUGGAUUCAUUCUGAGGUGAGUUUGGCACAUGCAGAGUAUUUUUCCAAAUCAACUGAGAAAAUCAACCCAUUUGGUGUUGUAAUUCAAAUUGAAACCGCUCUGUGCAGUCCUACAGGAUUGGGCAUAAUGUUAUUCUGGCUGACUUCCUCAUAAAAUGGUUUCCACAAUAACAAAGUAAAUGUGCUCAUUUACCUGAGUUGGACAAAAAGAUGGGGAAUUCCACAAGUGCAAAGCAAGGAUUAACACUGCCACUUACCUAUUCAAGAAACACAGUGUAUGAACAUUGUGCAAGAUUGCCAAGCAGCAAGAGGUGAGUGUAACCUUUAGACCCGAAAUGAUUAAAAGGGCUGAGGAAACAGGAUAUGAGACUUCAUACUAUUUCUCAUUGCCUAUAAGGACACUUUGAUAAGUUAACACUCAACCAGUAGUCACUAUCUAGCACAUAGUGGGUUGUUGAAGAGCCCUAUAAAUGCUUUAAAUUGCAGUUGCACCAUUAAGUAGACCCUGCAAUAUAAAACACGUUUAAAUACCACUUUUCUCACAUGCUUUUAUGUACUUCCUAUUCUUUUUCCAUUGCUGCUCUCAAGAAUGUGCAAGCCCCCUCCCUCCCCAAAAUUGGUGCCACUUGCAGAACUAGCUUUAGGUCAGAGCUAACUAACAUAGUUAUGGGUUCCAAAGCAACAGUUGAAGGCCAUUCUAGCUGCUGAAUAGACAAGGUGAAGAAAAGCUGGUGGAAAAUCUAUCCAUGUGAUACAAAACAGGCUCAUAUAUAGAAUGUACCAUUAACUAAUUGCAAUUGAGGGUAUUAUUUUUUGGGACAGGUGCAAUAUGUCUGCUUGAACUCUU